AUGGCCGACCGCGCGUACAGAAGCGACUCGUCGAGCCCAGAGUCUCGAGACCCCUCUCGCUCCCCCGCGCCGGCGACUGCAUCCACUCAGACCCACGAUGGGUCAGUAAUCCCUGAACCACCCCGCCCCGAGUACUCGAGGAGCAACUCGGAUACCCCAAACAAGAAGGAGAAGAAGAGAAAGGCCGACUGGGCGGAGCAGAGAGCCUCGGAGAGACAACAACGGUCCGGCGCCGAGGCCCGUCAGCGCGCCGACCGUCUUGCCGUCAGCGUCGAGCGAAGCUACUCCCUUCCUUCUUCGCGACGAGGAUCUCUCGACAGGACUGUUGAGUCACUUGCCGAAGAAGACGAAGAGGCCGACAGUGUCGCGACUGGUCUUGACAUGUCCCGAUUUGCCGACGCUGGGGUUCGAGGCAGGCGGCGUGACCCAGACGAGAUGUUCAGGUUCCGUCCUGAGGAGGGCGCCGCAUCGCGCCCAGCGACGCCCACCGAGGAGAAGAACUACGCCCAAGAAUACGUUCCCCGCCCUGAGAAGUACCACGGCGGUAUCCUCGGAUCCUUGUUGAAGCUUUACAACGACGGCGGCAAGGACAGCGGCGACAACAGCGGUCGUACUACACCCAUGACUGCCACGCCCAACCCCUCACCGCCAGUCUCUCAACCGCCGUCGAGGCCGAGCUCGGCACAUGGGUCUCCCAGGGAACGAUCUCGCCCGAGCAGCGGCUUCUUUGGGUACCACCGACACCAAGGGUCGAAGUCGUCUCUUGCCCUCAAUGAACUCAUGAAGUCGUCCUCCAUGUUCAUGGCGCCAGGAUCGAAUGCCAUGUCCGGCUCGGUGGCCGAAAAGAUCAAGACGGACCCAAUCCCCGACCGGAAAAAGCGAAAGUCGGGCACGUGGGGAACAGCAUCGCCCAAGAACCACAAGUCAAAGGAGAAAAAGAAGCGCGACGAAAAGGUGCGCAUCACGAAGCACAUUGCUCAGAUCUUGUCGCGUCACAAGUAUCUCGUGAAGCUCUGCCGCGCCCUCAUGAUGUACGGUGCCCCUACCCAUCGGCUGGAGGAGUACAUGACCAUGUCGGCCCGCGUUAUGGAGAUUGAAGGCCAGUUCCUCUACAUCCCUGGCUGCAUGAUCAUCAGCUUCGACGACAGCAGCACGCACACGACGGAAGUCAAAAUCGUCCGCACCUCUCAGGGUGUCGAUCUCGGCAAGCUGAGAGAUGUGCACGAGCUGUACAAGGAGGUCGUGCACGACCGCAUGGGUGUCGACGAGGCUACGGUCAAGUUGGACAAUAUCAUGUCUCGCAACCUCAAAUUCAACAACUGGGUUCGCGUCCCCGUGUAUGGUCUUGCCAGCGCCUGUGUUGCGCCCUUUGCGUUCCAGGGUCGCUUCAUCGAUAUGCCCAUUGCUUUUCUCCUGGGGUGCAUACUGGGCUGGCUGCAGUUGAUUGUGGCGCCCAACAACGAGUUGUACGCCAAUGUGUUUGAAAUCACGGCGGCCAUCAUCACGUCAUUCCUUGCCAGAGCCUUUGGUUCUAUCAGGGGUGGCCAACUAUUUUGUUUCUCGGCACUGGCACAAAGCAGUAUCGCCCUCAUUCUCCCCGGUUACAUGGUUCUUUGCAGCAGUCUCGAGCUGCAGAGUCACAACCUCGUCGCCGGCAGUGUCCGCAUGGUGUAUGCUAUGAUCUACACGCUUUUCCUCGGUUACGGUAUCACUAUUGGCACGGCCAUUUACGGCUUGGUGGACCGUGAACACGCCGUCUCGGACACUUUCUGCCACAACCCCCUCGACAGGAAGUGGCACCUGCUUUUCGUACCGGCCUUCACGCUCUGCCUAUGCGUCGUCAACCAGGCCAAGUGGAAGCAGACACCCGUCAUGCUGGGUAUUUCGCUGGCUGGUUUCGUCGUCAACAGCUACUCGAGCGACUACUUCCAGGGCAACACGCAAAUUUCCAACAUGCUGGGCGCCUUGACGGUCGGCAUCCUCGCCAACUUGUACUCUCGUCUCGGCCGACACGUCAACACGGCGUGGUUCGAGCUCGUCGACUGGUUUCAGAUGCGAGUGGCUCCGCGCUUUCGGAGCUCCAGUCGCCGACACAACGAGCGGCCGGCCGAGUCGUACCAGAUGCACGGCCACACACCUCUGGACGUCGAGUCUCGACCUAGCUCGCCCAACUCAAUCGAGAGAGAAAAGGCCGACCAAGAGCCGCCUCGUAAGCAGAGGCCGGUCGGUUACGGCCUCGCCGCGGCAGCCAUGCUCCCAGCCAUCUUUGUUCAGGUGCCUAGCGGUCUCGCGGCAGGCGGCUCGCUCCUGGCAGGCGUCACGUCAGCGGAUCAGAUUACCAGCGGCACCAACGGCACGAGCACGGGCGGGGCGGGCGGGCAGGAGCUCAACACGUCUGCCUUCAACGUGCUGUUUGCCGUCAUUCAGGUUGCCAUUGGCAUUACUGUUGGGUUGUUCCUCAGUGCGCUUAUUGUGUAUCCUCUGGGGAAGAGAGGAGGAGGACGAAGUGGAUUGUUGAGUUUUGAGGGGACUUUGUGA